UCUGCUUCCACGACGUGACGAUGAUGAGUCUAGCAGCAUGCCUUCCUCCGAGUACCAGAAUCGAGAGAGGAGAGAGAGAGAGAGGAGAGAGACAGGUCAACAGUGAUGAUUUUGAUGAUGGGCAACGGUGGUGGUAAUUAAUGACCAUUGUCCGUUAUCCACCAACCCAUGGCGGGUUCCACGAGCUUUCCCUCCCUCCCUCUCCCUCCCUCCCUCUCCUAAAAACCCCUCUCUCUCUCUCUCUCUCUCUCUCUCUCUCUCUCUCUCUCGCAAAUCUGAUCUCUGACACCACCCCCAACACGCUCUGAAAGAAAAAGACAGAAAAAUCGCAAACUAAUGUAAUCCCCAAAAAAUUCAAAUCGCUUCGGCAGAAAGAGAGAGAGACGACUCUUCUCCAACGUCACAAAUCUCGAAGCCAAUUUUUUAUUCUCCAAACAAACUCCCACAAAGUACUACUAAAUUCUCUCUCUCUCUCUCUCUCUCUCUCUCCACACGCAGAUCCAGCGAUUCAAACAACUCUCCGUUACAUGGACGGUAAUGAGUCAAUUUUCCCCAAAUACCGACGCUCAGACUUAACUCCUCCCAAAUCUCUUUCCAUAUCUCACUGAUUCAAAUUAGCAUUAGUAGUAGUAAUUUCCCAAAUUCAAUUGCACCUUCCAAGUUCAAUUAUUCAAUAGCAGAUACAAAUAUACACGGAGUAGUAUCCAGCUCUCUCUCUCUCUCCAUAAAUUUUGUCCUGAAUACUACUGACGCUGCUUCGCACGCAAUGCUUCCGUUUGUCGUGCAUUGGUCCGUGCAGGUGCAGAGAUGAGUGAUGAAGAAGUCACAAGGUGGGGUUUGGAUUAUUAUUAGUUGUUUGUUUGGAUUACUUCUACUCCUACAAUUACUACUAGGGUUUUUUGAUAUGGGGUGCGGAGGGUCCAAGGCAGACGACUUGCCACUGGUGGUCCGGUGCAGAGAGAGAAAGGCCCUGAUCAAGGCCGCCAAGGACCACCGCUUCGCCCUCGCCGCCGCCCACGUCUCCUACUUCUACUGCCUAAACGAAGUCGGCGACGCCCUCCGCUGCUUCGUUGACGAAGAGCUUGCCCUUCCCUCGCCCCCGGCUUCCCCUGUCUUAACACUACCCAAGACCAGCAAGAAGAAAAACACAAACGAAAACAACAACCACAACAAACACACUUCGUCUUCUUCGACCUCGCUAUCUCACUCCGGAUCUGGCUCGCACAUUCACUUGUCCGAAGACGAGGAUGAUGACCACGAUGACCGCCUCCACCACCACGAUGACCGCCACCACUUGCAUUUAUCCUCGUCGGGUUCUGAUUCUGAACUGGAUUCCUCCCGCAACCAUAUGCGUUUUAGUCCAGAAAUUAUUGAACAACAACAACAAGGUUACCCCCCUUCCUAUUAUUAUGAUGAUUAUCCACCACCUCCUCAAACAGGCUGGGGGGACCCGUAUCCAUAUGCCCCGCCUGAGAUAGGUAGUUGGGGUGUUUACCCACCUUCUCAGACAGAUUGGGGUGGUGGUCAAUUUGGGGUGUAUAAUCCUACUUAUUCAACUACCAAUACUACUAGUACUGCUUAUUACAUGAAGAGAUCUAAGCCCCAGAUUCAGUCUGUAAUUUAUGAUCCGGCAGCAGCGGAGCAAAGAUCCAGGUCAUCCUAUUCUACAUAUACUAUGGAUAUGAAUUCUGCCUAUCCAACUUCUUAUCCAGAUCAGAGUGCAGGGUUCUUUGGGUUCCUACAGAAUCAGCAACCAAGUCCUCUCCCAACUUCUUAUCCAGAUCAGAGUCGAGGGUUUUUCGGGUUCCCCCAAAACCAGCAACAAAGUACGCCGCCGGGUCCGCCGCCACCUCCUUCGCCCAAGGUGUCUGGUUGGGACUUUCUCAACCCCUUUGAUAUGUUUGAUAGUGGUGGUUACAGUGGUUAUUAUUCUUCUUCUUAUGGACAAAAAGAUGGGUAUGGGUCUAUUGCUAGCAGUCCCGAUUCGAAUGAAGUGAGAGAAAGAGAGGGGAUUCCGGAUUUGGAAGAUGAAACGGAUCCUGAAACAUUUAGGAGGGCAGUUCAUCAUCAUCAUCAUCAUCAUUAUAAGGGUAGGAAGAAGUCGAGUCAAGAAAAUAGGAAAAAUUAUUCAGGGGAGGGGACUUCGAGGGCAGUGCCAUCACAUAAACAAAGACAUAGUAGUAGCGAUUCAAGGCCAGUGCCAUUGCAUAAGGAGAAUAGUGAGGGUAGUAGUAGUUCAAAGACGGUGUUAUCACAUGGUAAUGGUAGUAGUGAAGGGGGGACUCAAAGUCGUAGAGGUAUCCAUUCCAGGGAAGCACCGUCACAAUAUGAUGAGGUAAUUCAUUCAGUUGAUGUAAAAGAGGAAAAUUCUAGUCCAGAUACAAUUUUAACAAACAGCCCGGAAGAUGGGUCUGUGAGGAAGAAAGGAGUGACUUUUGAGGUAGAUGGGGGGCCCUCAACACAUGAUAAUGGUGAAUCAUCAAAGUUGAGUAGCUUGACAACACUUUCUCCUCAUGGAACAAGAGACAUUCAGGAGGUUGUUGCUGAAAUCAGAGAUGAAUUCGCGAUGGCUUCUAGCUACGGCAAGGAGGUUGCCAUGUUGCUUGAGGUUGGCAAGCUGCCUUAUCAGUCUAGGUUCACUCUACUUAAAGUGAUUUUAUCCGGGAUUCCAUGUAUGAAAGCACCUUCCUUGUCAUCUUCGAGCCCACUGUCCAGGGAAUCAGUCAGGGUAGCCACUAGCACAAUGAAACUGGCAAAAGCUUACUAUGGGGAUUUGGGGAGUAACUCUACCAUGAAGUCUAGUGACCUUUCAUCUACCCUGGAGAAGCUAUAUGAAUGGGAGAAGAAACUGUACAAGGAAGUUAAGGAUGAAGAAAAACUUCGAUUGAUCUAUGAAAAGCAAUGCAAGAGGCUGAAAAUGUUGGACGAACGAGGAGCUGAAUCUAGUAAGAUUGAUGCGACUCAGGCAUCAAUAAGGAAGUUGCUGACGAAAAUAAAUGUUUGCAUCAAAGCUGUUGAUGGUAUAUCAAAUAGGAUACACAAAUUGAGGGAUGAGGAGUUGCAGCCACAAGUCAUUGAUUUAAUUUAUGGAUUAAUAAGAAUGUGGAAGGCCAUGCUCAAGUGUCACCACAGGCAGUUCCAAGCAAUCAUGGAAAGUAAAGCUCGAAGCUUUAUUGCAAACGGUGGUUCUAGAAGAGAUUCACACUUGAGAGCCACUAUGGAACUUGAAAGGGAACUCCAUGCUUGGAGCAGCCGAUUUGGCAGCUGGAUCAAGUCUCAAAAAUCCUUUAUUGAGUCCUUGAACGGAUGGCUUUUGAGGUGCUUAUUACAAGAACCUGAAGUUACCCCUGAUGGAAUCGUUCCCUUUUCCCCAGGCCGAAUUGGAGCUCCUCCGAUUUUUGUAAUUUGCAAUGAUUGGUCCCAAGCAAAUGGGUCUGUAUCGGAGACAGGGACUGGUGUGACUAAUGCAAUGCGUAGUUUUGCUUCAACCUUGCGAGAGUUAAUUGAGAAACAAGAAGAGGAGCAAAAACAAAGGCUAGAAACGGAGUACUUAUCAGAAGAUCUUGAAAAACGGCUCCGAAUUCUUCGCAUGGGGAGUGGCAGAUUGCGGCGGGACCGAGAUGCUAUGUCAGACAAGACGGGCGUGUCAAUUGUUGCUUCUGAUGAUCUGAAGGUGGAUUUGGACUCAAUGAGAGAGAAACUGAAGGAGGGGAGAGCACGACAUAAGGAGGCUAUUAAGUUGGUUCAUAGUGCAGCUUCUAGUAGUAGUUUACGAUCAGGUUUGAUUCCGAUUUUUAGGGCCUUGGAUAACUUCACAUCAGAAGCGGUGAAAGCUUAUGAGCAUGUGAGGAUCCAGAAUGCGCGUUAACAGGUAUAGGGUAAGUGAAUUCGAUUUGUAAACUAUAGAAGCACACAAAAAAAUGUGUACCUUCAUAGAAUUUGAAAAGAAAAGGGCUGCCUAGAGAUGAGAUACCCUGUGUGGGGUGUUAUAUGACAGUGUGAGUAGUUAGGCAACACAUGACCAGCAAUAGGAAGAGGCGUUCUUUUGACAUAGGUGGGGUUGUGUUGUAAGAUAAUUUGGAGGGGGGAGGUAGGAAUUUGUCCAGAGUUCGUUUUAUUUGUAGAUUGGAUAGCGUAAGUUCUAGAUUUUUUUUUUAAACAGCAGCUUAAAAUCUAGAUAUGUAUGUUUGAUAUCAUUCUAGUUCAUUGGAUUGUACAGGUAGCUGUAUUAUAACAAAUUUCAAAUUUUUGAUAUUGAGAAAGAGGUAGCCAUUCGUACAAUUGAUGUCUA